AUGACAGACCAAGUUCCCAACACUGAAGCCAAUACAAAUCUACAUCUUGAUGAGGUCACUGGUGAGAAAGUUUCGAAAACUGAGUUGAAAAAACGCCAAAAACAACGCAAAAAGCAGGAAGAGAAAUUAGAGCGCGAAGCUGCAGCUCCCGUCAAAAUAGUCGCUGCCAAGAGCGACAACACAGAAGCUGACGAGAAAAAGUUGAACCCAAAUCAAUAUUUUGAGAUCCGCUCUCGCAACAUCAACAAACUUCGACAGACCAAGAACCCAAACCCAUAUCCUCACAAAUUUCACACAAAUUAUGAUUUAAGGAAUUUUUUCAAACAAUAUGGUAGUCUUAAAUCGGGAGAGGCAAAGAGGGGAGUCGAAGUUCGAUUUGGUGCCCGGAUAUAUAAUAAAAGAAUGAGUGGGAACAAACUUGUCUUUUAUGACGUAAGAAGUGAAGGUGUCAAAGUGCAAGUGAUGUGCCAAUUGCAGGAAGCAAAAAAAGUAGAGCCAUCGUUCACUGAACAACAUGAGCAUCUACGUCGCGGUGAUAUAAUUGGCAUUGUUGGGUUUCCGGCACGUACGGCACCAGCUAGGAAGAUCGAAAAGGGUGAGGAAGGGGAGCUUUCAAUCUUUGCGACUGAAAUUACUCUACUAACGCCAUGUCUUCAUCAAUUGCCCGAUGAGUACUACGGCUUCAAGGAUCAAGAACAACGUCAUCGUAAGCGCUACCUCGAUCUGAUCAUGAAUGAUCCUACUCGAAAAGUCUUCAUCACACGCUCAAAGAUAAUUAGCUACAUCAGACGGUACCUCGAUAAGAUGGAUUUCAUUGAAGUAGAGACACCUAUGAUGAACUCUAUAGCAGGUGGUGCCACCGCUAAACCCUUCAAAACUCAUCACAAUGAUUUAAACAUGGAUAUGUUUAUGCGUGUUGCGCCUGAACUUUACCUGAAAAUGCUUGUCGUAGGCGGGCUAAAUCGUGUCUAUGAAAUGGGGCGCCAGUUUCGAAACGAAGGAAUUGAUCUAACCCACAACCCAGAGUUUACCACCUGUGAAUUCUAUAUGGCCUACGCAGACGUUGACGAUAUAAUGGUUAUCACCGAGGAUCUUGUUUCGGAACUUGUUUUACACAUCACAGGAGGAUACACUACCAAAUUCCACACUCAGCAAGGUGAAGAGUUCGAAGUCAAUUGGGCGGCACCAUGGCGCCGGAUAGAAAUGAUACCAGCACUAGAAGAAGCGACAGGCGAAAAGUUCCCGCCAGGGGAUCAAUUACACACUGCUGAAACUAAUGAAUUUUUAAAGCAGAUACUUCUGAAGACGAAAGUUGAAUGUUCACCUCCCUUAACCAAUGCUCGAAUGCUAGAUAAGCUUGUUGGUGAGUUUAUUGAAGAAAAAUGCAUUAACCCCACCUUUAUUACUGGUCAUCCACAGAUGAUGUCACCUCUCGCUAAAUAUCAUCGAUCCUACCCGGGUCUCUGUGAACGUUUUGAGGCAUUUGUCUGCAAGAAAGAAAUUGUCAAUGCCUACACAGAAUUGAAUGAUCCCUUCGAUCAGCGUCUACGCUUUGAGGAGCAGGCACGUCAAAAAGAGCAGGGUGAUGAUGAGGCGCAGCUGAUUGACGAGAACUUCUGCGCAAGUCUCGAGUAUGGUCUACCUCCGACUGGCGGCUGGGGAAUGGGUAUCGACCGUUUGGUAAUGUUUCUGACCGAUCACUAUAGUAUCAAGGAGGUUUUAGCUUUCCCGUUCUUGAAGGAGGAUUUGAGUGCCAAAAAAGAAAAAGUUGACGGUGAGACUGAAAAUGCUGUGCCGGGGUCUAUCGUUCAAAACGAGAAAGAAUAA